GUUAGCUCUAUAAAUAAAUAGCUCAACAGAAUAACAUCCUCAAAUCAGCGCAUUCAGAGAAAAAUGGCCUUUUACAAAGCUGGUAUCCUUUCUCUCCUCCUAUUAUCCGGUAUAUUUCUGUUGGGAAUUAAUGAGGUGAAAUAUGUAAAUGCCAAGUCAUGUCUCCAGUUUUGUGAUAAUGAAGUGGCAUACAUGACUUGUCCCUCUUCAGGAGAUGAGCAAAUUAGCCCAGUAUGUGUCAACUGUUGCACAGCAGAUGAAGGUUGUAAACUUUUCCGCACUGAUGGAUCAUUAAUUUGUACUGGAACCCAAGAUUAAUUGAUCCUUGUCAAAAAUGUAAUGGUUAACUAAAAUCUCUAUACAUACUCAUAUCAUAUGUGUGCAAUAAGGCCUGAGUUUAUGAUUACUCAGGUGAUUUCUAAUGUGCAAUUAUGUUUGCAUCCUUUGUCUAAGCUUGUAAAGAUAUGAAUAAAAAGUAAUAAAUUAUAUCUAUCACAA